AUGUAUAUACCGGUGCUGGGGCGGCUGACCAUAGCCGAUUAUGUCAGGAUCGCAUUAGCAUUCACCUUCCUAAUUACAGAACCAUUCAUUAGAUUAUUCUUCUUCCUCUUCCCAGUAGCCAAUGUCAUGAACUGGUUGCGAAAAUGGUUUCCGCAACAACCUCCUGAUGGCUCCACUCCUAUAGACUAUUUGCAAACUUCCGAGGAUUUUGUACGAUACUGGGGAUUUCCAUUCGAACCACACUACGUUACAACUAAAGAUGGAUAUAUUAUAUGCCUACACCGUAUCCCACAUGGUCGUGACUCAUUACAUUCAACUAAUGGUAGUCCAAGAAGAUUGAAUCGGUCUCACCCACCACCAUCACCUUCAACUCCAAGACCAGUCGUAUUACUGUGGCAUGGCUUCUUGAUGUGUAGUGAAGUGUUUGUCUGUACUCCUGAUCCUACCGCAUCACUGGCAUUCACUUUAGCUGAAGCAGGAUACGACGUUUGGCUCGGAAACACCCGAGGGAACAAGUAUUCUUGUAAACACAAGACCUUGAAACCCACACAGGAGGCAUUUUGGGACUUUUCUCUAGACAGUCUCGCCAUGUAUGAUAUGCCUGACGCAGUAGACUACAUAUUGAGGAUAUCUGGUGCUCCGUCGCUCAGUUACAUUGGAUUCUCUCAAGGCACUGCACAGGGAUUCUCUGCCUUAUCACUGAAUAGGAAACUAUGCAAACAAGUCAAUCUUUUCAUAGCAUUGGCUCCAGCCACCAAACCACAUGCGCUAGCAAGCAAAACCAUCAAUGCAUUGAUCAAUUCGGCUCCUGAAGUGAUUUAUCUGUUAUUUGGUCGCAAGGCACUAAUAUCAUCGACCCUCUUCUGGCAAUCCGUAUUGAGCCCUCAUAUAUUUUCAUUCGUGAUUGACCAGUGUAUGUGGCUCUUAUUUGGCUGGAAAUCCAAACAUAUACCACACAAGCAUAUAGUGUAUCGUCACCUGUACUCGUAUACUUCCGUCAAGACUGUCGUCCAUUGGUUUCAAGUCAUGAGGACCCGCAAGUUCCAAAUGUAUGACGAGGAACCAACUAUUGUGCCUGGAUCUACGGGUGGUCAUCUGGUUCCAAAGUUUCCUACUGAGGGGAUAACAACACCAGUAGCGAUCAUCUAUGGUGGAUUGGAUACGAUUCCUGAUGUCGAGUAUAUAUUACGAGAAACGCCAACACCAGUCUUUUGUAUGCAAGUUGAUGAAUAUGAGCACUUGCAUUUCCUGUGGGGUGCAUUAUUGCAUCGAACCGUAUACCCAGCUGUACUAGGUUUACUCAACUCGUACGCCGAAAUAUGGUCUGAUCCAUCCAGCACGUCACCAACAAACAGCAUCACCACAACCACUUCAGAACCAACAAGAUCGGUACCAUGGAUACCAAAAGCCGAAAUAGAAAAGGCCAUAAAGCUAGGACGAGGUCGCUCAAGCUCACGAGGAACCGUAUUUGAAGGCCGUAUAUCAAUAGAAGAACUCUGGACACACGAUCGACUCGUCGAAUUGGGUAAACAGGGCAUCGCACCACCCAGUUACGAAGAGGUAGCUGGGAUGAGCAACAAACCUAUAUUGGCAAACCAACCAUACCGUGAUGAAUCAAUAUCACUUGCUCGAGGUGGAAGCAGCAGUAGCAGUGAUACGCCCCGUGUCAGUGAACCAACAUCCGAAACAGCAGCCACAUCACUCAAACAUAAUUCUAGCAUGGACUCUGAAUCAGAUACGGCAUCCAUUGCAUCGCAUACACCAUCAUCAAUACACUAUGGAUCAUCAACACCACAACCAUCUGUAUCUACGUUCCAUACCAUGAUGAAUAAUCCAUCUAUAGCAGCAGCCGUAGCUCGAUUGUCGUCAUCUUCUUCGUCAGGAUUUAAUCGAAGGCCACAAAGAACUCAUUCUAUUGGAGGUAUCCCGCAAAGCAGUCGACCUGGGCCUUUAGUGAAGGCAGAUCCAACGUGGGAGGAAGGCGAUGAUGAUGUUGUCGAGAGUUUGUUUGAAAAUGAUGAUGGAGAGGAUGCGUUUCAUGAUGUUAGUGAUUAA